AUCAACAUUGACACUGGUGUAAGGUGGUUGAGUUGAGACCUCCGCCCAGUUCGAUGCAUUCGAGGUUUCUAUUACAAAAAUCUAUCUUUCCCUUCGUAAAUCCUAUUACAGACCAUUACAAUCAACCAACUCCGUUUUUAUUCUCCUCUCUAUCACACGCUUCACAUAGUUGCUCUUUGUAAACUGUAAACAAUGUCGCACGUCCUUCAUACCACCUUCAUUCCCACCACAAAAACUUCUCUGCGCCGCCAAUUUAGAAAGAUCCACCACAACCCGACUGCCGGGAGAAUCCAAAUUCAAUCUAAGAUCCGAGAAAUAUUCAUGCCUGCACUCAGUUCUACAAUGACGGAGGGAAAAAUUGUCAGCUGGGUCAAAUCGGAGGGCGACAAGCUAUCUAAGGGUGAGUCCGUUGUUGUUGUUGAAUCGGACAAAGCUGACAUGGAUGUUGAGUCAUUCUAUGAUGGAUACCUUGCUUCAAUUAUUGUUGAAGAGGGCCUCUCCGCCCCCAUCGGCUCCCCAAUUGCCCUCCUCGCCGAGUCGGAGGACGAAAUCGCCUUGGCCAAGUCACAAACACCAUCCUCUUCCACUGCGGCCGAUGCCGUGAGUGAGAAAGAUACCACUACUACUAACACUGAUGAUGGUGUUGCAGCUGUUGCUAGUGUAAAAGUAAGUACUACUAGUUCUACGGCUGUUGAUUUGGGGUCAGUUAAAGUGGGGUCAGUUAAAGUGGGGUCUGGGGUGCAUCUGGCGUCGGAAGGGGGAAAAAGGGUGGUGGCAUCCCCAUACGCCAAGAAAUUGGCCAAGGAGUUGGGGUUGGAUUUGAGUGGAGUAGUGGGGAGUGGGCCGAAUGGGAGGGUGGUGGCAAAGGAUGUGGAGGCUGCGGUGGUGGCUGCUGCCAAUGUGAGUGUUAGUGGUACCGGUCCUGCAGUGGCACCAGAGGCUGCCAAGUCGAGUGGUCGUGCUGUUGUGGAAUUGGGGUCAGUGGUCCCAUUCACCACAAUGCAGGGCGCAGUGAGUAGGAAUAUGGUGGAAAGCUUGAGUGUUCCCACAUUUAGAGUGGGAUAUACAAUUACCACAGAUGCACUUGAUGCUUUAUACAAGAAGAUCAAGUCAAAGGGAGUGACCAUGACUGCGUUGCUGGCGAAGGCAACUGCACUUGCGUUGGUUAAACAUCCUGUUGUGAAUUCUAGUUGUAGGGAUGGUAAGAGCUUCACGUAUAACAGUCAAAUCAACAUUGCUGUUGCAGUGGCAAUCGAUGGUGGGUUGAUUACACCUGUGCUUCAGGAUGCAGACAAGAUUGACUUAUAUUCAUUAUCGCGAAAGUGGAAGGAGUUAGUUGAUAAGGCACGAGCAAAGCAGCUCCAACCUCAUGAAUACAAUUCAGGCACUUUUACUCUAUCUAAUCUAGGAAUGUUUGGUGUGGAUCGCUUCGAUGCAAUAUUACCACCUGGAACUGGUGCGAUAAUGGCUAUUGGAGCGUCACAGCCCUCUCUGAUUGGUAACAAGGAUGGUCGAAUUGGCCUGAAAAGCCAAAUGCAGGUAAAUGUAACCGCUGACCAUCGCGUGAUAUACGGUGCUGAUCUGGCAGCCUUCUUGCAAACCUUAGCCAUUAUAAUCGAGGAUCCUAAGGAUCUCACUCUUUAAACUCCGGGAGAUUCAAUUUUUAAUGUCGCAUUGGCUUUUGUAUUUGAGCUCAUAGAAUCACAUUGUCGACGAAUUCAGAAAUUAAUGUCUGCUCAGAUACCCCAAAAGAUGAAGCAAAGAUGUUGAUGGGCUCAU